AUGCAAAAAUAGAGGCUUUACGGUAAAAAUUAACUUGGUUAGAAAAAUAUCCUAAAAACUUUAGAAGAAGUUAAUGAUAAUUUAAAUUAUAGUAGAUAAACUAAAACCGAUAGCAACAAUGGGAAAUAUACCUAAUAUCUCGUCCUCCUGGAAUUGUAAAAACUAGCAGUGUAUUAUGUUUAGCAUUGGGUGAUCCAAUAAAAGAAAAUGUACUUUCUCUUGAAUUAAUGCAUCUGAUGAUAGAAAAUGGAAACGGGGAGACUAAAUAUAAAUGCAAUGAUUAAACAAAAUUGGAUGCUUUAUUUUGA